AUAGGUUGUUUACUAUUGAUUAGUUUAGCUGCCAUUCAACUUCUUGGUUUAUCGGAUCAAUUCAGCGCACACAGAUUACAUUUAGAUUCGCUGAAGUUGAACCAGAAAUUGUUAUUUUAUUUGCAGGGCAGUUAACUAUCCUUCCUAACCUUCAAAUUAUAUAAUAACCUAAGCGACGGCUUAUUUAUCAUUUGCACUCCAUCGCUCUAACGAAACGGAGGAAAACGAAGAAUUGAACAUGUCUUCGGACGAAGACAGGGCCAAGGAAAUUUUGAAGGGCUUCAAACUGAAUUGGAUGAAUCUCCGGGACGCAGAGACGGGCAAGGUGCUUUGGCAGGGAACAGACGACCUUUCUCUACCAGGAGUAGAACAUGAAGCUCGUGUUCCAAAGAAGAUUCUCAAGUGUAAAGCGGUAUCAAGGGAACUGAAUUUUUCCUCCUCUGAGAAAUUGGAGAAGUUCAGGUUGGAGCAAAAGGUCUUUUUUAAAGGACAAUGUCUAGAAGAAUGGUUCUUUGAGUUUGGCUUUGUCAUUCCCAACUCAACCAACACGUGGCAGUCUCUGAUUGAAGCGGCUCCGGAGUCCCAGAUGAUGCCAGCUCAUGUACUCACUGGGAACGUGAUUAUUGAGACCAAGUUCUACGAUGACGACCUCCACGUCAGCACAUCGAGGGUACGGUUGUUCUACGUCUGAGACCCCCCCCCCCCCCAAACCUGUCCCAGGGCCACACAUUACCUUGUUAAGCCACAAUUAACAUAAGUAAAUAAAUGCUUUGUUGACCAAUGGUCACCAUUUACGGUGACCAUCACACUUAUUGCAAAAUAAAUGUUGUUCCCAGAGCUGGUCUUCAACCAUUGUCCUAUAAACCAGCACAUCCCUUGCUCCUUUUCCUCACCCCCAUUGACACAGCAAGUGAUGAGGAGUAAAUAAAGGAUGAUUGUGAGAAUGUGUUUUUAUUUUUUUUCCUGACCAGUCCUGUAAAUAUGCUGACUUUUAGAAUUUUUAGAAAAUCAGUGCAAGUCCUAGUUUGUACAGAAGAUCCAGACUUAACGUUUUUUCACUGCUGCACUGAUCUUGUUAUCUUGAUGUCAUCAUGUGUGUAAAAAUGGUGUUGCAUUCCAGAAGGGUGGCUCCCAGUUCCCUAUAGUGCUGCGUUAGGUUAAAUGAUAGAACAUUUAGGUUGAAACACAGUCCAUGUUACCUGUCCAGACUUUCACAUGUUUCACUAUUAAAACCUGUCUUUGCUAUAUUGUGCAUUUUUUUGGGGGGGCAGUUGACAAAUCCUUGAGUUGUUUUGUCAUUUAGUGAGUGGAUUGUCUAUUUAGGAAACAUCUGGUCAGUAACAUGUGAAAGAGCUUGUUGAAAGCCUUCCCAGUGUGUCUCUGCUGCUGUUUUAACCAGGCUACUAUCCUUCGCAAAGCUCCACUCCACAUUCAUUUGUUUUCUUUGCUGACUAAGAUCUGUAUUAUAGGAUUUUGUGUUUCAGAUGUUAUAACGGAGAUUGAAGAAUAAAUUUGUUGAUUGUUUAAUAA